AUGGUCAAGCCUUGUUCGAGGGAUGCUGCUUCAACGAAUGCAUCCAUGUGUCCGACUCCAAAUGGCGACGGCCUAGAGCUUGAGAAAUCAAAUAAUAACCUUAACAAUCUUCAACAACCAUCCAUUUCACUUACUGCACCUUCCGCAGAUGUUAUCGACGCAGGCUUGAAAAGUUUAGAUCACUGUGAGAUGGUUCAUAUAUUAGCAACUGGAGUCUUUUUAACAGGAUUCAUUAAGGAUAUGUUCUCACUACCCAGACCAUUAUCUCCACCUCUACAUCGUAUUACUAUGUCAGGAUCCGCCGCCCUCGAGUAUGGAUUUCCAUCGACCCAUUCUGCUAAUGCCGUAUCGGUGGCUGUGUAUGCGCUUUUCACUCUCCAUUCUCCAGAAUGUCAACUGCUUCCUACAACGAAACUAGCUCUGGAAAUUGUCAGUUAUUCGUACGCCUUGUCUAUUGUACUCGGACGGCUUUAUUGUGGUAUGCAUGGUUUUGUGGAUGUGAUUGUUGGGAGUAUACUAGGAGCUCUGAUAUCUGUCGUUGAGUGUGUGUAUGGAUCAACGAUUGAUAACUACCUUCACAGUAGUACAUGGAAGGCUCCUGUAACAAUCGCCAUUGUCAUUAUCAUUCUUAUAAGGGUCCAUCCCGAGCCGGCUGAUGAUUGCCCAUGUUUUGACGAUAGUGUCGCAUUUGCAGCGGUUAUGAUAGGAGUUGAACUUGGAGGUUGGCAUUAUGCUUCCGGUGGCUGGGCCUGGAAUAUCCCAGUUCCAGCAACUGUUCCAUUCGACCUGAACCACAUGGGUUGGACCGUUGUAAUUUUGCGAGUUCUCAUCGGUGUAUUGGUCAUUUUUGCUUGGAGAGAAGUCAUGAAGCCAACAUUGCUGAAGUUCCUUCCACAUAUUUUUCGGGCCUUCGAAAACACAGGUUUAAUCUUACCUCGAAAAUUCUUUAUGCCUGCUUCAGAAUAUAACAACAUUCCAUCGAGACUCAAGGUCGAUAAUGUCAUGCCAUCCGUAUCCGACUUACCAAGUUUGAUUUCAUCUAUACGACAUGUUGGACGGGGUAGGGCAGUAUCUGUUGGACCUCAAUCGGCUGCCGAUGCAUACGAAACUCUUGCUUAUCGAGAAAAGAGACGAAGAGAUAGUCUUACUGAUAUUUUCGAAGGGAUGAGUUCACGUCAAACAACCACGAAAGAAACGAAAGAUAGUUUUGAAUCUCAGCAACUGACCAUGGAUGGUGCCGUAACUUCCGGGAUGUCAUCGAUGCAUGGAGGCAUGAAUUUACUGACUCCAGCUCAAUCAAGAGUUGGUUCAUAUGAACAAAUGAUGGGGGCAGGACAUGUUAUGUACAAUCCAGGAUUAUCUACUCCAGGUCUUGAAGGGGAUAAUGCUGAAGAGGAGGAGAUUACUGUUGGGCAGGAAAAUGAGCUAGAUGAGACGGAGAUGUUCUCCAGACUAGAAAAACCUCGUGUGAGAUAUGAUGUUGAGGUAGUCACGAAGCUCGUAGUUUAUAGUGGCAUCGCCUGGUUAGCAGUCGAAGGUAAUCCUAUAAUUUUCGAAGUCAUCGGUUUAGGUAUGGGAGUACGAAUGUAUCAUGACGUAUACCCUAAGUCAUUAUGA